GAAUACCUCAUAUCGUUGGUCACUGCAAGCAUAGCCGGUUCUAUCGUCGCCAUCAUGACGGUGUUUGUGAUUAUAUUGAGUUGUGGUAGUUGUCGCGACUCUUCCUCCUGUUCGCGCGCCAUGUCUCGUUUUGCGUUGGCCUACAUCCUCCUCGACGUCUUGGCACUGAUUGCCAACAUUGUUUCAAUGGCUAUGUGGAUUCAAAUGAAGGAAAAGAGCGAGUAUGCACCAUCGUUCUGGGUGGGUUGGACUGCCAACGGCCUACUUCUCAUUCUCCUUGUGAUACUGAUCAUUCUAAGAAAGUGCGGAGAUGAGGAUGAGGGAUUCGGAGACCACAAGUCACAGGUGUCUGCUGAUCAACCACUGUUCCGUUCACUCUAUCAAGUGACUCCAACCACUGUUUUCCAUAACCGAUCCUAA